ACGUCACGCUACGUUACGUUACGCAGGUGUUUACGUUGUCCAGUGUCAGUAGCUUACCCCGAAAAAACUAAUAACGUUUAGAAGCUAACGUUCAAGACUGGCAUUUAAAAAACGCCUAUUUGUGUAGUUGAUAUUGUAGUUCUAGGUUAUUGAUGACCCGUUUCGACUGUAAUUAUUAUCUUCUCAGUCCAUUUCUGAGGGUGCAUUCCGCGGGUUUGCGUGUCGUUCGCGCAGGCUAAAGCUAGCUUCACUAAUAUUAAUACUGUCCGUCAUCCACACAGCAUCGGGUGGAUUGCUACGGCUACGGGUUCUAAGUCGAUAGGACUCAUGAAUUCUUGCAUUGUGUAAUUUGAUUUAUAUCAAAAAAGCAUUAUAGUCAUGGCCACUCGGCGUCUGACCGAUGCCUUCUUGUUAAUGCGGAACAAUGCAAUCCAAAACCGGCAGAUAUUGGCUGAGCAAGUGAGUACAUACGAUCCCCGUCGUACUCUAAGUACACGUAGCAAUGCUGCGGAGCUGGACGAGUUGGCUGACGACCGCAUGGCGCUGGUGUCUGGAAUCAGUCUGGAUCCCGAAGCUGCCAUUGGAGUCACCAAAAAGCUGCCCCCCAAAUGGGUAGAUGGAGUAGACGAAAUCCAAUAUGAAAUCACACGGGUUCGGCAGAAGAUGAAGGACCUUGCACUCCUCCACGACAAACACAUGAACCGCCCCACGCUGGACGACAGCACGGAGGAGGAGCACGCCAUCGAAAUCACCACCCAGGAGAUCACCCAGAUGUUCCACCGGUGUCAGAGGGCUGUGAGGGGGAUGCAGGCCCGCUGUGGCCACUGCACGGAGCAGGAGGAGAGGCUGCUGAGGAACGUGGUCUCCUCCCUGGCCCAGAGCCUGCAGGAGCUGUCCACCGGCUUCAGACACACACAGUCCAGCUACCUGAAACGUAUGAAGAACCGAGAAGAGAGGUCGAAGCACUUUUUCGACUCUGGUCCUCUAUUGGAGGAGGAUACAGAGUUGGCUCUCUUUGACAGGGGUUUCACAGACGAUCAGCUGGUGCUGGUAGAAGAGAACUCUGUUAUGGUGGAGGAGCGCGAGAGGGAGAUCAGACAAGUCGUCCAGUCCAUCUCAGACCUCAAUGAGAUCUUUAGAGAUUUGGCCGGAAUGGUGGUGGAACAGGGAACGGUGCUGGACAGAAUUGACUUCAACGUGGAGCAGGCGUGUGUAAAAACAGAAGACGGAUUAAAACAGUUACAAAAGGCUGAACAAUAUCAGAAAAAGAACAGGAAGAUGCUGGUCAUUUUGGUCCUCUUCGUCAUCGUCAUCGUUCUAAUACUUAUUCUUUUCGGAACCAAGUUUUAAUGGGGCAUUCCUCCUCCUGCAUUUAGCUUUCUAUGUGAUUGGUUGGUGUGCAUCUGUGAGUCCACCUGGUUCUGUGUCUUUUACCCGGUAACUCUGCCUGUAUUACGGUUUACCCACCAGAAAACAAGAGAUCCAUCAGACUUUCUUUGCUUGAUUUUUCCUACUUCAAAAUCAAUCCUAAUGCUUUUGAAGACCAUUUGAGAUAGACUUUGGCGACACCCUCAAAUGUCUAAUCACUGUCUUGUUUUUGAGAAGCCUGCACACAGAUAAUCAGGGCUGUGCCCUGGACUGGUCCUUAACCCGACACCGAUGAAGUAGUUCUCUUAAUUACACGAUGAAGAAUCUCUUCAUUGAUUCGCUACAAUGGACAUUCAUUGGUAUAAAGGUUAAAUGAAUGUGAAUUUUGUCUAUGGGUGGAACAAUAAUUUAAUGACAAAUCAUGUCAAAACGUCCUACUUGUCCUGUUAAUAUGCUUUCACUCCAUGCUAUGUGAUAUUCUUGUCAGUAUGUCAUGUUUGUUUGGACUACACACUCAAAAGCAGUAUAUUUUAAACUAAAGUUGCCGAAUUGUGGCAUUUUCAUUAGACAUGCCCUUUCGACAGCAAGCUGCACUUUUUCAUUAAGUGCUUCUUGACUAAAAUAGAUUGUUUUUGUGCCUUUCUGUCCCCUUCCAGUUGCUACCUUUUAACUGUUUGCAGUUUGCACAUGAGGCUGGAUGUGUUUUUGUUCUGGGUGUACUACUGCGGUCUCCUGUAUGAUAAAAAAAAAAUAUUUAUUUUUAAUGACUUCAUGUUAUUCAGAGUUUCCAGUGCUUCGGAUAACAGUUAAUGUAAAUUGAGUGAAUCAUUCGUCGUUUAAAGUCCGAACCGGGAGGCAUUCCAAUAUUGACAAUGCCUUUGGGAGAAUUCUGUUGGGUGGGCAUCAACAUAUAUAUUUCAAUCCAAUGUGUUGGGAAGAGAGUUGACAUGUGUGCUUGUGUACUGUAAACACUAAGUGAAAUAAAUGAAAAGGUUUAUUUGACAUAUCU